AUGUCUGCGCAAGAGCAACAAGAAACUUCUUCCGGCUCUCUGCUGGAAGCCAGCGAACCGAAAUAUUCUUUUUUGAAGUACUUCGACGCGGAGGGAAAGGCGCAGGCUUUGCGGGUGCUGCGGUGUCUGUACAUCUCGUGGUUCUUGACUGUCGCCGCCACUGUCGCCGCCCUCGCCCUCAGUCUCACUUUUACUUUUCACCCCUUGGCUUUGAACAGCGCCUUCAACUGGCGAGUGCUGCAUGCAGCAGCAAACACUUUGCUGCUGGGGCUGGCGCUGGGCGCGGGCCUCUGGGGGGUCCACAGCAGCAGCGCCGCGCUGCUGCAGCACAGCGCGCUGCUGCUGCUGCUGCUCUCGCUCUCUCUUCUUUUGCCUUUCUUUGCUAACUUCUCUAUUCUCCUCACAGCCCCCCCGCCCCCCCCCGCAGCCCCCGACCUCGCAAAGGCUUUUUCCAAACAACUCCUCAC